UAGGCACCGACGCUGCCUACAAACAUUGUGUGAGAGCUAGGCUCCGGUCCCGAGACGCUGCAGAUAAACAAGUUGGGAAUGGUUGUUCUGCUCCGGACCUGCUGACAACCUCGCUGCUCUCAUGCUCCAGCAGACAUGACAGAGAGACAGGACCAUGAGGUGGAGGAGGCCGACCAGAUCUACCUGCUGAUGAAGGAGGAUUAUCGGAUAUCUAGGAACGUGCGUCUGGCAUGGUUUCUCGGCAAACUAAAUCAAAUCAUCUGGCCAGCCUCUACGUCGGAGCUGCAAAGCUCUGAAAAUGAGUUGGACCUGGCUGCGGUCCAACCGAAGGGGUGGCAGCCAGAUUCCACCCCCAGCGCAGACCCCUGUGUUCUGAUGCCAUCCACCCGGGCUACCUUUCUGGCCCGCAGGUAUCGCUUCAUCAUUGAGCUGGAUCUCAGCCCUUCCACAGGGAUUGUGGAUGACAGCACAGGAGAGAUGAUCUUUGAUGAAGUGUUUCAUGCGUUAUCCAAGUGCCUGGCAGGGCUGGCUCAACCAUUCAAAGUUCCUGGAACAGAUCAGCUUUUUAAGCCCAAGAUCUUUAUCACCAUUUUGGUUUAUUCAUCAAUUAUUGGUCUCACUUCACACCAGGUUUUGGUGCAGGGAUGUCAGCUUGAUAAAACCAACCUGGAUGAGUUCCUACAUCAUAUCUACCAACAGCUCAGAACUCUGGAGAGCAGCACAGCAGAAGUUCUGCAUCAGCAGCAACACCAGUUGGCGGAACCAGGAGAAAGCUGUAACCACCAUAACAAUGGCUUGGACAACCAGCCCUACAGGAAGCAGGGCAUGUCCAUGGUGUCGGCUGACAUGGGUCUUGUCAGCAUGGUACGCCAGGGAAUCCUGGCCCUCCAGCUCCUGCCCCCAAAUUCCAGUGCAGGCAUCAUCAUAAUCACUGAUGGUGUGACAAGUGUCCCUGAUGUGGCUGUGUGUGAAACGUUGCUGAACCAGCUCAGGAGUGGAACCAUUGCAUGUUCCUUUGUGCAGGUUGGCGGUGCAUACUCGUAUGACUGCAGUUUUGGCUACAUCCCAAACGUAGAGCUGAUGAAGUUCAUCUCAAUGGCCACCUUUGGGUCCUAUUUGCCCAGCUGCCUUGAAGUUGACCAGAACAGCCUGGAGAUGAAUGCCUACCACAGGGCCUUCCUUACCUACUCCUUCCUCAAGACCCCGGAGUCCAUGAACUCUGAGUACUUCUGUGUCUCCCAGGACAAACUGUUCAACGAGCACUUGGUGUCAGCCAGUGGUAACCCUGCCCUGGUCAUGCGGAGGAAGAAGCACACAGAGAAAGAAGUCCAUGCUCAUUUAAUCAGUGUGGUGUCAGUGCGACUGAGAGAAGGCUACACCAUCAGAGACAUCAGCCUCACCAAAGGAGGGACCCAGCUGGAGGUGAAGUUGGCUCUGCUGUGGAAACAUAACAUGCAUAUUGAGUACCUAGCAGCUGCCACCUGGCCUUUGGACCCGUCCAACAGAAGCACUAAAGUGGAGGUAACAAUGGAAGGCAGCUAUGACAUCCUGCACGACAUCAGCUGCACGCAAAGGAAGCCUAUCACCAGUCCAUACCGCACCUCUGUCAUCCGCCGCUUUUGGAACACUCUUCAGAGCAUCAACCAAACUGACCAGAUGCUGGUGCAUCUGCAGUCAUUCAGUUCAAUCCCGGAGAACUACAUGAUUCCAGAGAGCACCAAAAACGGAGUCCCUCUAUUCUACAUUCCUCCUGGCUCUACCACCCCGGUUCUGUCUUUGCAGCACAGUGGAUCCAAAGACCCAUCUCAGUCCCAGUUUGCAUCAUACUGGAAACCUAUCCUCUCCAUGGACACAAACUUUUGGCAGAGAUGGUUUCACAUGCACCGUAUUGCUAUCAUCCUGGAACAUGACUUGCCUGUCCCUAAACACCUGCACACAGCUGGGAACAACGGACGCUAUAGCACCAUCCAGUGUCGGAUCUCCCACUCUGCUCUUACAUCCCUGCUGAGGGACUGCAGCAGCUUUGUGUUGGUGGAAGGUUACUCGUAUGUCAAGCUCAUUUACAGUUCAUCGGAUCAAAUUCCCACAUCCUUUUACUUGGUCCGCUUGAUCUCCAAGACCCCCUGCAUGGUCCUGCGCUUGGGCUUUCCUAUUGGGACAUUGGCCAGCAUUAGAAACAAGAUUGUGGAUGAGCUGCGAGAGCAAAUCCUAAAGCUCCGCUUCCCUCACCGGGUUCAGAACAAAGAAGCAACACCAAAGACUAAGAGGAAGACGGUUGGCCACGUGUCUCCAUCUAAACCUCCCUUGGUUCCUGUGGCCAAGCCAGCACUGUCCGACAGGCCCUGUGUGGUGGUGCUCAAUAAGCCCCUUGAGAAGUUGCUGAUAAGGUAUGAGAAGCUGCCGCUGGACUUCAGGACUCCAUUUAUCUUUAGUAUGGAGAAUUUCCCAGUGCCCUCCAACAGUGCCGUGCCCCUCAGCAUGGCAGCCAACCGAACAGCUUCGUCAACCCUGGCCUCGCUGUCUCGUUAUUUCCUGCACCGCCGGUGGGUAUGGGCAGUGCAGAGCAGCCAAGGACCGGCUGUGACCAUGCAGGCUGUCGCUCACAUUCUGUCAAUGCUCUCUGAGAUUCGCCUAUCAGAAGGUUUUCACUUCGCCGCUAGUGGGGAGGGCAUCAUAAACAUGGUGCUUGAGCUCCCAAUGAAGAUCACAUCAGGCAACACAGACCAGGAGAGUCACUCUUGUAUUGUUCAGUACAUCCUGUUCCCACCUCACUCAAUCUCCAGCAAGGACAGCUUUUCUACGGAUGAUGACAACGACACAGAGGUAGAAGCUGUGGACGUGGACACAGAGCUGAACCUGGUCACAGAAUGCUGGGUAGAACCCCAGAAUGGCUCUGUGAUGAACCAAAUGGAGCAGCAUCGACACUUCCAGGGCCUCAACUACCAGGACAUCCCACAGGCAAUUUUCCCGAGGGAUCUGGCGUGCAUGUCCACCAUGAUGACAUUCGAGUAUCUGAAUCAGCUGUGUCAGAAUAAGAACCAGAUCUGCUCCCUGCCCGCUGCACACAAAGUCAUGCAAGGAGACGUCCCAGUGUCUGAGGACAGCAUCCAUUUGGUCCCCUUCCAGUUUGAUCUUAUUCAGCUUCUCCCAAAUUGUCAGCAAGUUGAAUUUUUCUUCUUCACGUUCAGUACAGGUGGAGAGAAUGAAGGACAGAUUGCCAGCGCGUCCGCUUUGCCCAAUGAGCUGCUGCUCAGCCUCUUCCAUAGCAGCCUGGAGCAGGAACUGAGUGACAGAGAGGUCCCAUUAGACCCGGCUGACCAUGCUGCCUUCAUGAACAACAUUUUAGAGCGAGAACGGGAUGGCCAUGUAGCUCCUUUCUCUUUGUCCUUUUUUAAAGAAGAAUGUGUUAAACCUACAGACAGAAAAGACACCUCUGGUAGCAGCAAGGAGGUCAUGGGAUCUACAAGCACUUUACAGAGCUUCAGUAAUGCAGACCUUGCUGAUGAAGAGCCUCUGCUGUUGGAAAGCAUCUCCUCUAUACCACAGUGGCGGUGCUACGCCAAAUAUAUCACCUCCCAGCAGCUGCUCCUCACAUUCCUUCCUGCCACCUUUGCAGAUGUUCUGCUGCUGAUGGCACCGGCGCUGGAAACUGACCCCGGAGGUACUGUCGGUAUGCACGAGGACGAUACCCUGACACCCAGCUGCAAGUCUCAGGCAGACUCCCUGUCAGGCUCCACCAGCGGACCCGAUAGGUCAGAGUCUGGCUAUAGCCUGGUGUCUAAGCUGCACAGGAGCUCCAGCUGUGGGAACCUGUCUAAGUCCUCUCUCAUCACACCUCCUUCUGACAGCCAUACCUUGGACUUACUGCAUAUUGACCCAGAAAGUCUGGAAAGUGGGCUCUCAGGGACAGACACUGGGACACCAGGCUCAGAUCCAGGAGGAAAAGAUGGAGUGCAGUUUUUGGAACCACAAAGGGAACCGUUGCACAUCUUCUUCAGCAGGCAGGUUUCCCAGCGUAGCAGCAGUGAGAGCGGUCAUUUAAAGUGCCCAGUGUAUGUCUACAACUGUUCGCUGGAGCACCUUAAAAAACAACUGGUGCAACCGAACUCCCGGUGCCAACCAAAGGACAUCUUUUGUAGGUCACUAUCUCAAGACCGCAACAGUCCCUCCCUCUGGACGGACGCCCUGUCUCAGCACAAACAUAAAGAGUUGGCCAACUACUGCAGCCUCCUGCAGGAGCACUACCACCAGAGUUAUGUUAGAGGUGUGUACCGCAGCCUGCAACAGUCCUACAGCAUAAGUUCCCAGGACAUCCUCAUGGCAAUGGACUAUUGUGAAGAGUCGCUGCAGGAGAUCGACAUCACAGCGUUCCUACAGACCCUCUGUGGCCACAUCCGAGUCUUUAGGGAGAGUGGCAAGGCUCAGAGACAGGAAGGAGGUCCAAAACCUUUAAGAAGACCUGCUACCUUUAAUAUUGGUGAGGUCCAGGAGGAGCAAGCAGAGGCCAGGCCUGUCUUGGUCAACUCAUGCAGUAGCACUGAAGUGGAGGAUGGCUGUGAAGCUGAAUCUAAAGGGAAGGCUUCCCAGCGGAUUGUGGAUGAGUCCAAAAUCCCGGCAUUCCCUUUGACCUUGUUGCAGACAGACCCAAGAUGUGAAGUUUAUCCAGAUCUGCAAAAAAAUAUUCAGGACAAGUUUCUGAUGAUCCUGUCUCAGUCUUUUAAAAGUGUCCCCUCCAACCCACACUACUACUACUAUUUUCCUCUGUCAUCCAAGAAAGAGGUGGACUCUGAGGAUGACGAGACAGAAAGAAGACCUAGUGAAGAACCGGUUUCAGAGGCUGAGCCUACUAGUGAAGAUGAGAACUUGUCAGGCUCUUGUUUGGAGAGUGACACAGACUUGGUGGUGGAGUAUGAGGAUCAUACAGGUCUUAGCUCCCAGGAAGAGGGCGAAGAACGCUCCCAGUCCGACUCCAACACUGUCAACCAGGACCAAGACUCCUUCAGCAUCCUGGAUGGAGACUCUCUGCUAGAGGUCGAGGGGCCGCAGCUGGACAUGCCACCACUGUUUCUUCACGUCACUUGUUCAGUCAACAUGAACAGCAGCCAUGGUUCCAUGCCCAUUCAGACUCUACCCACGUGCCUUGGUGAGCUGAUCUCCUGUUUGGAGAAUUCAGAGACACUGCAGUCUAUUGACCUUACUGAGCUCUCAGUAACGCUGGACGUGUUUGUGCUGACGCUGCCCCUGGAGAUUGAAGUCAUGGCUGAUUACCAUCAUAACAGGUACACAUCAGAGAGCAGCGUCUCCCUGAAUCGUUCACCAGGACAGCCCUCUUCCUAUCGCUCUGACGAGGAGCUGAUGACAGCGCUGGAUGGUCUCAGGGGAGCUGGGGAUGAGAGGGUCCCCGGUGAUCCCUUAUCCAAAUUCCCGCUUCCUCACAAAUUAGCAAUUCUGGCUACGCUUGAUGAGAUCCGUUGGCUGCUGGAGGAUGAGAUUGUUUCUGCUCUGUGUCACUCUCGGGUCAUCAACUCGGCCACGCUGCUGAAGGUAGCAGAGCAUGUUUUACGUUCCAGCGGUCGACCACACUGCCACUGUGAAGAUGUUCCGCUUCAGUUUGUCUUCGGGCCUGAGCAAUCUCUGGAAAAAUUCAAAGAGGAGUUCUGCAGACUGUCAUUCUCUGGCUACGUUUUGAAUGGAGUACAGGACAGCUUCUACUACAUGUCCCUAAGCAGACAUCACCCACAGAGGAUCCAGGCCACCAAGAGGUUGUCAGAGACCACCACAUCUCCCCCGCAAGACUCUAGGCGCUGCAGCUCUGGAGCCCACAUGGAAGCUAUAACGUUGGAGAGUGAAUCAGAGUCUGGAAACAUCAAGGAGAGUGACGACAAGAAGGCCUUUAAUCUUCAUACAGAAGCUUUAGAGGACACAAGUGUUGCCACAUCUGCUGCUGCUGCAGAAGCUGGAGAAACAGCCCGAGUCAUGACACUUGACUCUGAAGACAUUAUUAGUACAGUUGGCGACAGGAGUCAGCCCAGCCCUCCCCAGCUUCUGCCUGAUUCCUGCAAUCCUGAGUCCAGUUCUCCUCCAAAAAUGGCAUCCAGCGUCAGCCUGGCUGAUUCUGUACAGUCAGCCUCUCACAACUGCAGCAGACUCAGGCCGAGUCGUGUCCAGAGCGUUGUCUCCAGCCAGGGCAGUCUGGACUCAGACAUGCAGGGUUAUGAUGGCGGCAGCAGUGAUUCUGAGUGUGAGAGUCCCACCCCUGAUGAGCAGGAGGCCUGCUCACCUUCCAUGCCGGACUUUUGGCUCAUUGUUAACAUCCAUCAGGACAGGGUGAAGGUGUACUCUCAUGCCAGAUCCUUGAGCGAAGAAAAAGAGAGUGAUGCUGGGGAGCUUGGGGAGAAAGAAGAAGAACAUGAGCUGCCAGAGUUCUUAGAACUGCACCAGACAGUGGUCAGGAAGAUUGGUGAAGUCUGCAGGAUUGUGAAUCAGCGCAUGCUGCUCCAGGACCUGCACGACAGCCACGUAUGUAACACGCUGCUGGUGGCUGAAAGUGAGGAGGAUAUCUGGAAGAAUGACUCUCUCUUUAGGCAGAGGCAGGGCACUGACGAUUACAACACAGAGGAGAGCUACCAGGCCAGAGACUACCUGGCUGCCACCAUGCAAUUUAUCCCUGGGCAUUUUGCAUGCGACAUUGUGUGGAGUACAGUAAUCCACAUCCAUCCGCGCCUUAAGAUGGGACCCAACAUGGGGGUGUCCAGGGCAAUCCAGGCUCUGCGAUCCGUGCUGAACUCCUUCUCUGUGGUAAACAGAAAGAACAUGUUUGUCUACCAGGAGCGCACGACUAAAUCAGUCUUCUACCUCAGACUCUGUGAAACCUCCCUGGCAGGCAGAUAUUCAGACCUGGAUGGAAACCUUCAUCCGACUCGCUCAAUGGCACUCAUUAGAAGUCAGGAGCCUUUAUAUCCUGAGGACCCUAUGGGCUCCAGAUCAUCUUUGGAAGGCUCUCGGCCAGUAGGACAAGUAGACAAGCACAUCCUGCUUCUGGUGCACGGAGUGGGAAAUGCAGGUCCAGAAAUCACAGAUGAAUUGGUCAAGGUGCUUCGGAAGCGCCUGGAUGAAACCACCUUGGACAUUAUCACGGUUAUGCUUGUUCGGAAUUGUAAACUGACCCCAGCUGAUGUGGAGUUUAUCCAGCCAUCAGGAUAUCCUGCUACUGGGAUCAUGACCUUCAGUCUACCACAGUACUGCCUUCCGUGGCUGCCCAUAGUGGCCCACUAUCUCAGACAGAACCUACUUAUCUUCCUGCAUGUGCCCAAAUACACGGACAGCAACACAGCGCACCAUUUCAAGCAUUACUUUCAUUUGAGCAGUGACUUGGCUGAUUCUGAUAUCUACCUCUACAAUAAGCCUGGAGGCCAAGGAACAGGAGGCAAAGGCAUUGCCUGCAUUGCACUUUCAUUUGUGGAUGCUCAAGGUCGCCCCCUUCAGGUCGCAGCUCCUGACUGUUCCCCCCUGCUAAAGUCGGAGUCCUGCCCCAUCCCUCUUUACCCAGAACAUUUUGAUGAGCUAACAACUGUGACUAAGGCAGCAGCCAUCAACAUCAGCCAAAGAUCAGCCCAGGUCUAUGUGCGCUUUGACAUUUGGGAACAAGGGAACAUCAGCCCCUUACAGCUGAGCGAGAAGCUGCAGGGGGCGCUGCGCCAUGCACUCUGCGAUGCCAUCAUGGAGCUCAGAGUCUUGCCAAAUCCUCUUUGCCUUGGAGUCCCAGCAAGCAAAGUUCAGAGAGAAGAAACUAAAGGACAGGGAACGUCUUUGCCUGAGGCGAAAGAAAUGAAGGACAGUCCCAGGCAGCGUAGUGGCUCUCGAGUCUUAAAGACCAGCCCUUCUCCAAUCACCCUGAUCCAGUCUGUAGGCAGCAACCCAGUGGCUGGUAGCAGCACCCCAGAAUCUACUACACCCACCAGUAAAAGCACACGCCGGAGCUUCUGGGACAUACUGAGUAAGCCCGACUCAGCAGAGCAUGGGAGCCCCAAGACGACCGAUGACAUUGUUCAAGAAAAGGGAGACGAGGGUCGGACAGCACGGCGAAGACACAAGACGGAGAACGUAAAGCAGCAGUGGAGUCAGGAGAGAGCAGUGGCUGUGGAGCUGGAGCAAGCUCAGAGGAGGCAUGUCUCACAGUUGGAGGAGGGAGAUACAGGCACUUUACAUCCUGUCUACCAGGAUACCUGCCAGUCCUGGGUCACUUUCAUGGCUAAACUUGGCUGCCCGUCCAUUCAACAGUGCACUACUGAAAUUGCAUCCAACUUCCUGCUGCCUUCCAUCUUGACAGAAAUCAGCAAUUUGGUCAGCUCUCUGGCCAGUGAUACAACAGUGAAAUCAUUUGAAAGGACCACCUGCCCCACCACUGGAGAUGUGUUUGUUCCAUUCCCUCUCGUCCAGCACCUCAGCCACCCUCCAGAUGCUAAAAGAAGCUUCAUUCUGAUUGGCCGAAACUUCUACCAGUGGCACUGUUGCACAGAGCAAGAAGACUGUUCAGAUGAGGAAAGCUCCCCAGGGCUAAAUAGGUUCACACCUCACAAGGGCUUCCAACGCUUUGAGGCUCUGGAGCAAAGUGAUUUAAUCAGUCCUGGUCAGGCGGAAGCAGGACAAGCUCCCCGACAGAGGUUCCUGUUCAUCAGCAUUGUGGACAAAAAGCUGACUCUGUACAGCUAUAACUGGUCUGUGGACCUGGGCGCGUCUCUGAACCGUGAGCUGGUGCGCCUUGUAAAGUGGCAGAACGCGAGGGCCCACGUUGUCAACUGCCUCUUCAGCCAGAAGAUGGGCCUCUUCCACCACUACUGCUUUUCUGAUGCACCUGUGCAAGAACUGGACUCCAAGCUGGAUCCUAACCCGUUCCUCAGCCCUUCAAUGGAACCUGAUGCCUUGCUGCGCAGUGCAGUUGCCCCGUUGCCCAGCAAGGAGCAGGGGAGGCUAGGAAGUUCUGGCCGAAUCCUUGCUCCACUUCAUUUCCCCUCUGAGCUGCUUCCCUUUGACGAGGCUCUCAGGGACGUAUGCACAAUCAGACCCUUGAUGGAAGGAGAUGUAGUGGUUCGACAUGGUAACCAGCUCUUGGAGAUUAAAGCUGCUGAACGCAGAGAAAUGGAGAAGCAGAUGAAGAUUGAAAACCUGUUUGUCACUUGGCAGCAGAGGUCAGCACAGUCUAACAUGCCCAUUUCUGGCACAGAUUUGGAGACUCUGAAGCAGUCGUCGAGGCUGGUUCAUUACUGUGCCACCCCUCUUCUCUUUGACCCCGGCUUCCGGAAGCAGAUUCAAGAGGAACCAACCUAUCAGCCCAUUGUAAAGAAAAGACAUUGUUCCAGUGACUCCACGGCGUCAGGUCGAGAUCGAAGCUGCAGCACAGAUUCAGCUGACAUGCUUCCCAGCCGACUGAAAGAGGAGCCAUGGCUGCUUGAGAUUUCUAACAACUUCCUUCAGCAGUACGUCCAGUACCUGCAGAGUAUGGGCUUCAUUCUUGUCCAGGUCCGGCCUCCAUCUCCCGCUCGUAGCAUCGCCAGAGCCCGAGCUGCCAUGCUGAACUCCAUGUCAUUGGAAGGAAGGAUGUCUUUUUCCUAUGUGAAGCAGAAGAGUGAGGAUAACCCUAAGAGCUCAGUGUCUGGCACCACUUCAUAUCACCUCCAGAGAGCGCUGCCUGGAGGAAUUGUGUUGAUGGAAUUGGCUUUUCAGGGGUCUUACUUCUGUGUAAAGCAGUAUGCGCUGGAGUGUUCCCGCAUUCCCAUGGGCCAGACAGUCAACUCCCAGGGCACGCUCCUCACCAAACUUCGUUCCAAGCCGUUUCCAGAUGCCACACCAGUAUGUGACUGUGCGUUGUCCAUGCUCUUCACUGAAGAGUGUGAUAAGGUGCGGGACCUGAUGCACGUUAACUCCUUCAGCUACGACUUUCACCUGCGGGUCGCUCACCAGUACCUGGUCGGAUGCCACAUGACGCUUCGUCAGGGCUACCAGCUCACAGACUUUCUGGAUGAUUUCAUCUGCCAUUACCCAGAUAUUCCCAAGUUUGGGCGUAAUCACGUCUUUCAAGGAAGCUUUUCAAUGUCCACGGGGAUGAUAACAGCUCACCAGCUCUACAACUACAUAAUUGACCAUGCCAGCACUUAUGGCAUGAAGCCUCUCCGCAUGUCGAAGGCUGCAGCUGCUACUGACAGCAAAAAAGGGAUGGCUGACCUCCACGAGUAUGCUCUGGUGGCUCUGUGGAACAGUUCGGGCUCUUACAAGGAUCUGGAGGGCCUUCACCACCAUGACGAUUUUGAUGUGUCUCUAGUAGUGUGCCAUAAUGCCGCUCCAUUUGAGGAGCAGUCAGAUGGGGAAAGACAUUUGCUAAGGUUGCGAUUUUACGUAAUCAUGACCAGUCAAAGGGAGCUAUUCCCCCAUCUCACCGCUGACAUGCGCCGCUUCAAGAAGCUACCGCAGAUCUACCGUGAUCCAACUGAGCAGGGCGGUCGGCCUCCCUGCGACCGAGCAGAGAACACCGGGUCAGAUGCCGAUGCUCAGGACCUGUGGGAGGAAAGGUCGUGUGAGGCUGCCACGGUCUCAGCUCCAAGUGACGGCAAUGAAUUUUACCCUCUGACAGGGGGAAGGCCAGGUACUCAGGGGCUGGUCUACAGCUCCCCUCUGUUCCCUUUGCUCAACAAUGAGGUGGCCUCAGCUCGCAAACAGAUCCAGGCCAGUGUGGAGCAGGCCAUGGGCCACUGCCGACGGGAUAACCUGUGGAGGAGGCUGUUCCAUGGGGAUCAUGUGGCCCUGGAUAAAUUGAAGCUGGCCAGGCUGUCAUUUGCAGAACUGGAGGAGCUGCUGCAGGCUGUUCAGAGCCAUUCAGUGGGAGAUAUCGACCCUGAGCUGGAUUAUUUCCUGACCAUGAGCCCAUCAUGGUACCAGAGUCUGAUCAAAGUCCUACUGAGUCGAUUCCCUCAGAGCUGCAGACACUUUGACGAUAACGGCAUCCAGUAUCUGGCUGUUCUGAACCAGAAGUUCACAGAUUGCUUUGUUUUGGUGUUUCUGGACAUCCAAGCAGGAAAAACUAGCUUAAAGGUUGUAUUUCGGGAACCGCUGCCAUCCCAACCUCAGGCCAGUAGCAGUCCUCCUCCUCAGCUGGUGUCUAUGUACCACCACCUGGAGUCCGUCAUCAACACCGCCUGCUAUAACCUCUGGACUGGAAUAUUGUAGAGCCGACAGCACAACGCCUAACUCAUGUUGAGGAAAUGCUUUAUGGCAGUGUUCAUUUAUCCUAUCAUGCCAAGGAACUAGCUGAGAUGUUUCAGGUUUGGAAAUGUGUCAAGAGUAGUGUCUACUUAAGUCUCUACUGCCAUAUUGGUGCCAUGAAGUGCCUUUAACUGUUUUUCUUUUUUUACCCCUAUUCUUCUAAACUCCUAAAGAAAAUGAGCGGUUGCUGAUCAGCUCUGCAUUAGGAAACCUGAUGUGAUGAGUAGGUUUACAGAGCUCUAAUUAAUGGGAGAAGAAAUAUCUGUCUUAACUGUGCCAAUAAACAUACAGAAAGCAAUGUUUCUGUAGUGUGAGAGAAAAUUAGUCUGUAACAUGUGACCGGUACUUAUCCUAUAAUUUCAAGGCUGAAGCAAUGCUAGCCAUAAAUGGCAAGGCUACGUGAGACAAUGACCAGAAGAAUCGCAAAUAUAGACGUGUGGAGAACUCUCUGUGUUCUGCCUGAGUCUUCAACAACAGAUUGGUAUCAAGACUGUCAUGGGCUUCACUAUAAUCUAAACUGCACUAACUAAAUCAUGUAUAUUGUGUAUAUAUGCAACCCUUUAUACAGAGUUGUAAAAAGCUAAAUAUAGCAGACGAGUGAAUAAAGUGGGAUCUGAACUGGA